AUGACGACGCUCAAGAUCUCGUGGGCAGCGAAGAAGGACAUGCGUCGCGUGCAGGUCUUGGCUGUGCACCAGACGCUCGCGUCGCUGCACGGCCGCUCUUCUGCCGGCAUCAAUACGGAGCACUUGAGCUUCUGCGACUUGCGCGACUACGUGCUCUGGAUCUUCCCCGAGCUCAAGGUGCCGCUGUGCGAGAUACGUCUCUACUACAUUGACGACGACCAGGAACAAGUGCGUAUCACGAACGACGUGGAGCUGGAUGAAGCGUUUCGUCUGAUGCGGGAACUGGCUGUUGCAGCCGGGAUGGACGCUGGCAGCGCCGUGUGCAAGAUCAUUGUCGUGGCUACAAUGCGGGAGAUGGAGAUGGAUGAGGAAGCUGUGGAGGGUCAGCGACUCUGCAGUAGCGAUCACGCUGUGGGUGCUGCUGUGCCUCGGGACACGGGCGAGAUGCUGGCAAGUCAACAGACGAAACAGAUGUCGGAUCUGUUUGUGGAUCUUGGAAAAGUCGUCGAGCAGUGGAGUGCACAUGGUGAGCACGAGACGCUGAAGAGAGACUUGGUGUCGUUGCUGCACGAACCUGGAUGUCAAGAAGCGUUGCUGGAGAUUAUGGCCAAUGCAAAGUUUGCAACGCUCUUUCAGACGGUGACGGAGGAGUGCCAGAAGAAUGGCAAUUUUACCGAGUGUCUAGUAGCAGUUGCUGGUACUGGAGACCUGGAAGAGGUUGCUAAGAUCCUGCUGGCCAAGUGCCCAAAUGCCCGUGUGCAGGUGGAGCGAGUGCUGCAGCAAGUGCAGUACAGUCAUAACGCGCAGCUCAUGUCGGUGAGCGACUACUUUGAGACGAUUACGAUGGAAGAGACUAAACAGGAUCUAGGACCGGUUGUGGCGGUUUUUGAGGGCGAUGUCACUUGCCCAGAUGGUACGAUUCUUUCGUCAGGAGAGGCUUUUGACAAGGUGUGGAAACUGCGCAAUGGGGGCUCUACCAAGUGGCCUGUAGGAGCUGUGCUUUCGUGUGUAGGCGGUGACAAGAUGCAAGCUCCUGAGAGCGUGCUGAUUCCGUCAGUAUUACCCGGUAAAUCGAUUGAUGUGUCGUUGCGCAUGGUGGCCCCGGCAAAGGCUGGUCGUUAUACUGGUUACUGGCGGCUAAGCACGCCUGAUGGAAACCGCUUUGGGCAGCGCCUUUGGGUGGACAUCAAUGUGAUGGACCCAGAAGAGCUGGCGCCCAGUGUCACCGACGCGGCAGAGGUUCAUGUUGAUGACGCUUCCGCGGCGGUCAUUUUGACAGGGGUUGAAGUUUCAACUGCUCCGGCGCCCGUUGUGGUCAAAACCGAGACAAAGGAGGUCCUUCGAUGGUCAAACGAGCUUCAGGUUCUGGUGAGCAUGGGCUUCACGGACGAGAUGCGCAACUUGGCUCUGCUGUCGCAGCACGAAGGUAACAUGGAAGCAGUUAUCACGGGCCUGCUGGGCUGA